CAGCACUGUUCCACCUGUUCGACUUCACAGCCCGACAGCCAGGCAGGCUCCCCAAGCACUCUGUCCUCAGGUUGGGCAGAGGAGGGAGAUCAGGGGCAUGGCCAUGGACCCCAAAGAGGCCAGCAGCUCUGACAGGGAGAAGGAGAAGGAGAGGGAGAAGGACAAAGGAAUAAAGAGGAGGAACAGGCUGUUUCUGAGGUACCUGGAAAGAAGGAAGACGGACACCAUCGUGGCAGAUGACAGUGGGAGAGGUGACAUUAACAUCGGGACCCUCGUGAGAAGGAGCCAGUCUGAUAAGACAGAAUACAGCGCUAAACUCAAAGAGAAAAUGGCCCCCCAGGACCUGUCCUCCCCUGCUUCCCCAGCCCUCGACCCAGAGGAAAUCAGACACAGGAAGAUGAUCAAAAGGUCAAAGGUCAUCAAGGAGCUGGUGCAGACUGAGAAAGACUACCUGACUGAUACGGAGCUCUGCAUCAAAGAAGUGAUUCAGCCACUGAGAGAAGCUCAGGUAGUGGAUGUGGAGCGGCUGUUCUCCAACAUGGAGUCUGUCUGCGCGGUGUCCGCUGAACUCCUGUGCAGGCUGCAGGAGGCCACCGCCGAGCCUGACCCGGAAGCACAGGUCAUAGGUGAGGUCUUCAUACAGGCCAAAGCGGCGCUGGAGGAUGUCUAUAAAGUUUACUGUUACCAGCACGACGAAGCAAGCGUUCUGCUCAAGUCCUACGAAAAAGAUGAAGAAAUUAAACAACGUUUCAAGACCUGCAUAUUGGCACUGAAGCAGAUAUAUGAUCGAGAAGGGAAGCCCAACUUGCUGGAUAUGGGCUCCCUGCUGAUCAAACCAGUACAGCGGGUGAUGAAGUACCCUCUGCUACUGGGCGAGCUCUGGCAGGCCACGCCCGAAGACCACCCUGACAACCGCCCGCUGGAGGAAGCCCUGACUGCCGCCAAGAUCAUCAAUCUGAACAUCAACGAAUUCAAGAGGAGGAAAGACAUCGUGAUGAAAUACAAAAAGAGUGAGGAAGAGGGGACCCUGAUUGGCAAGCUGAACAAGCUGAACAUUCAUUCCAUCAGGAAGAAGUCAGACAGACUGACGGGCUACCUGAAGAUCCUCACAGGGGUGGAGCCUCAGGUCAAAGACGAGGUUUUUGAUAAGGAGGAGAGAUUGUUCCGGAGCCUGGAGAAAGCUGUGAGGCAGCUGGUGAAGAAUGUAGUCUACUACCUCCUUUACGCCCAGGAAAUGGUCUCUGUCACAGUGCACAACGUUCGGGACCUUGAGAAUAUUAUAAAAGACCCAGACAAGACUGACAGCAACGGCACUCUGAAAAGGAAGAAUGGCAGUGAUCCAUACAGGGAUUUUAAGGACAGGAUGGAGCGUCUGGUGCUGACGCCCCUGAACUCCAUGCAGGGCAUGUUCCUGGCCCCGCAGAAGCUGAUCCAGAAGCGCUACGACAAGCUGCUAGACUACUGCAGUCACCUGGAGCGCUCGUCGCAGGAGGAGCAGGGCGUGGCCCGCCGAGACUACGAGGCCCUCAACGCGCAGCUGGUGGAGGAGCUGCAGCGGUUCAACCACGCGGCCAAGCGGAUCCUGACCAACUGCCUGCACUGCAUGGUCAAUCUGCUGCGUGGCCUGAUGGCGGCGGUCAAGCAGAAAGCCCCGCCCAUACAGCAGCUGCCGGCUCCCCUGUCAAAUAUCAAUGAAGUCCAGAACAGCAUCAUGGAGGACCUGAAUAACCUAACUUUUGUGAAGGAUAAUGCACAAAAGCUAAUGGAAAGAAAAGUGAGCUUUGAGAAACCUAAGAAGAUACUGCAGCAGCCAGAGGUCCCCCGUCAGACCGAUGCACAGAGGGCCGUCCUGCUGUCUGGCUACCCGGCGGACAGGCUGUACCAGCUCAAGCGCAACUGCAACGCCACCCAGGACCAGGACGUCAGCCUGCUGGAGGGGGAGCUGGUGGCGCUGGUGGAGGACCGUGACCCCCUGGGCAGCUGCAGCCGCUGGCUGGUGGACACGGGGUGUACGCAGGGCUACGUGUACUCCACCUUCCUGAAGCAGUACAACCCGGGGCGGGUGCUGAACGGGGCCCAGGCGGAGCCCCCGGACGACUUCGACAACAUCAGCCUGUUCGUGUCCGGCGGCAGCAGCAGCAGCCUGAGGAGCUUCAGCCUCAACACCCCCGACAGCUGCACCUCCCUCUCUGGCCUGCAGGGGGAGACAGAUUCCCCUGAGGACAUGGACGCCGAGGAUCAGCAGUUCUAUGCAGUGUACGCCUUCCAGGCACGCUGUGACCAGGAGCUCACCCUACAAGAGUACCAGCACGUGCACAUACUCAAAUUCUGCGAUCUGAGCGGUAACAAAGACUGGUGGCUGGCAGAGGCCAACGGGAAAAAGGGUUACGUCCCGGCAAACUACCUCGGCAAGAUGUCCUACGCGUAGCCGGUCAUGGUGAAGGAAGGGCAGGAGACCAUGGAAACUCAUGGGCUCUCAUCUGUCUCAAGUCUCAGCUUCUUUCUAAUUCUUAUUUGACAAAUGAAGACGCACGACUAUGCUAUGCCUUUAUAAAAGAAGCCUAACCUUGCACUAUUAAUUUAAAGCACUUAGUAUUGCCACCUACAGUGUUUUUAAUUCAUUAUGUGUCUUUUGUUGAGAAAUUGUCUAUGUUGAUUGAAGUUUAUAA